UCCAGCAGCAACAACAAGCUGUGAGCGUGUUUGUCAGCUGACAACAGAUCUGUUACCCAAACUGGGCUUUCUGUUGCUGUCGCCAUCUUGCGUGUCAUGGGGAGCCCACCGGCCAAGAUGAAGUUUUGCCCCAUCCACAUGCUUUCUGUCAGAAUCAUACAAGCUAGGAACAUCAAAUCAAGAGACCUGCGGUCAGUUCCACUUUCCUGCCAAAACCUUGCUGGGCAUUGUUAUUCACUGCUUGAUACCAGUCUGAAGUAUUUAGGCAUCUCGGGCUGCAGUAGAAAUCUUCCAUCAAGUCCAGACUCCAGCUCUGAAAGACAUCACCUUGGAGAUUUCCUUUCACACCGUUGUCAAGCAUCACAAAUGACUGCAUCAGACUGCUAUGUGCGCUUGUGGCUGCCAUCUGCUUCAAAGGGAAAGCUUCAGACCAAAACCAUCAAGAAUUCUGACAACCCAGUCUGGAACGAGACUUUCUACUUUAGGAUCCAGAGAGAAGUUGAGAACAUUUUAGAAUUGGCAGUGUGUGAUGAAGAUCCCCUCACCAAAGAUGACAUGCAGUUCACAGUUCUUUUUAAUGUUGCUAGAAUCAGACCUGGGGAGACAGUCCGUGAGACAUUUGCUUUGAAAUCAGAGAAAGAGACGUGUGCUAAGAAAUGGGAAAGUUUGGAAGUAGAAUUCUGGAUGGAAAGAAUUCCUGGCCCUCCAGAGCAACUCAUUACCAAUGAUGUCCUAGUGUCCCGUGAGGUUUGCUGCUUGGCAGUGCAAGUGGACGCUAAUGAAAGCAAGAAAUAUUUGAAAGAGGGUAAAAACCUCGUGCUUUCGGUGCCUGCAUCUCAUGAGGGAACACAGAGGACUACAGAAGACACAGAUACUUUCUACUUCCAUUGCGUGAAGGCUUGGGAGCCAGUCCUAAGAGUCAGGCUGCAGAAAGUUUCUGAUCAGGAAGAUGACAACAGCAAUUUGAGUGACACCUUAACAGUACCACUGAAAUUUCUCCCUGUCGGACAUACAGUGAAAGUAACCCUCCCUGUAAGACAUAAUGUGCCACUGCAGUUGUACCUCCAGUUAAAUGACUGCACUGAAAAGCUGGAUGUGCGCUUUGGGUAUGACCUGUGCCGAGAAGAGCAAGAAUUCCUGCUGAAAAGGAAGAGAGUGGUUGCCAAUGCCUUGAAAAGGGUUCUUCAUCUGGGAAGAGAUCUACAUGGCCAUGAGGUCCCAGUAAUAGCUGUUAUGGCAACAGGUGGCGGCCUCAGAGCAAUGUCAGCUAUGUUUGGCCACCUCUUAGCUCUUCAGAAGCUUCAUCUGUUGGACUGUGUCACCUAUGUCACUGGGGCGUCUGGCUCCACAUGGACCCUAGCAGACCUAUAUGAGCAUGCUGACUGGUCACAGAGGUCUCUGGAGGGGCCACUUAAGGCAGUAAAAGAACAAGUGACAAAGUGCAAAUUCAACCUUAUGUCUAUAGAGCAUCUGAAGUACUAUCACAAGGAGAUCGCUGAGAGGGCAAAAGCAGGACAUGUGUCAUCUUUUACGACUUUGUGGUCACUUGUUCAGGAAAUGUUCUUGCAUGAAAAGCCAAGAAAGUACAAACUCACAGACCAGCGCAAGGCUUUGGAGCACGGACAAAACCCACUGCCUUUCUAUGCAGUCCUCAAUGUGAAAGGUGAAAAGUUUGGUACCUUCAAAUUUAGAGAGUGGGCAGAGUUCUCUCCUUAUGAGGUGGCCAUACCAAAAUAUGGAACCUCCAUUCCCUCAGAAUAUUUUGACAGUGAGUUCUUCAUGGGAAGGAGAGUGAAGAAGCUGCCAGAAUCCCGGAUCUGCUAUCUGGAAGGUCUUUGGACAAACAUCUUCACGAGGAAUUUGCUGGACGGCUUGUACUGGUCCUCAAAUUCAAAUGAGUUCUGGGAACGCUGGGCCAAAGAUAUGGUAGAUAUAGAAAAACAUUCCCCUGAGGAGGACAUCACCGUUAUCGAGCCUCCGUCUUGCUUGUCAGGGAAGCUGUAUGAAAUGUUUCAGGACAUUAUGACCAAGCGUCCACUGCUGGCAAAGUCUCAUAACUUCCUGAGAGGCUUAGAAUUUCACAAGGAUUAUAUCCAUCAGAAAAAAUUUAUUGAAUGGAAAGACACUGUGCUGGAUGCUUUCCCUAACAACCUGACACCGUUGCAGAAAUACCUUUGCCUGAUAGAUGUUGGCUAUUUCAUCAACACCAGUGGUGCAGCACUUUUCAAACCAGAGAGGAACGUGGAUGUCAUCAUCUCACUUGAUUAUGGUUUGGGGAACGUGUUCAAGCAAUUAGAGAUGACAUACAAGUAUUGCAAGAUACAGAAAAUCCCAUUCCCCAAAGUGGAGCUAAGUGAAGAAGAUGAGAAGAACCCAAAGGAAUGUUACGUGUUUUCGGAUGCAGAGGACCCCAGAGCACCCAUAGUCAUCCAUUUCCCUCUGGUGAAUGACAGCUUUCAGAAAUACAAGGAGCCUGGGGUAAGGCGCUCUCACUCAGAGAUGGAGGAAGGCCAAGUAAAUCUGGAGAACAACUGCUCACCCUACUACCUCAUCAGGCUAAUCUACUCCUCUGAAAACUUUGACAAACUUGUGAAUCUGAGCAAAUACAACAUCCUCAAUAACAGAGAGCUGCUCCUCCAGGCAAUCCGCAGCGCCGUAGAACGGAAGAGAAGCAGCAGGACUGGGAAUUUCCCCAGCUACGCUGGAGCUGGAUACCUCUAGGCUGGGAACAGUGCCUCUGGCUCUGUUUCCCACUGGAGGCUGCAGCACAUCACAGUCACAUUACAUCACAGUCACACUACUACAUACCACAGUGUUGAUUAUUUGCAGGAAACUGAGGAAACCUCUACAUUUCUCAUCUUGCCAUGUUCCAAGUGUCUAGCUUUCAAAAGGGCUUAUUUAAUCUCCUUCCUCCAAGUUAUCAGACCAUGAGAGCCUCACAUGGUUGUCUUUCUUGUUAAGAAAUUAGGGUCCUGGUUAGCAGAGGCCAUCCAGGACCUCCCUGGUAGAUAUCCUAUAGAAUAUGGUGGUGGUGAUAGCUAUAGUUCUUUGUAUGUGCCUGUCCCCUCAAUCCUGAGCCCACUCUCAGUGUCUUGUCAAUGCUCUGUUGCAAACCCAGUCCUGGCCAUUUGCAUUCAGUAAUGUCCAGAUUUUCAGACAGGCUGAGCUAGUAAAACUUGCACUGAAUUGAUGGGCUCAGCUUUGAAGUCAGGCCAAGGAGUCAUAUAUAUCUGUGAACAAUGGCCAAACUGCAACAGGGGCAAUUGCAUUGUCCUCUAGCUGAUUUUGAAAUCAUUCCCUUUUUUCCCCCACUUCCCUGCAAGAGUUUGGCACAGAAAUGCUGCUCCAGACUGCCAUGAGGGGGGCAGUUACAUUUCAAGGAGAGAGGAUGUUAGCUGCAGUGAGCAAGUAUGGUUCCCUUGAGCCUCGGCUGGUGGAAAAAUUGUGCAUAAGGCAUGAGUGAUGGUAGUGAUUUAUACAGCAAGCUUUUGAUACCAGAGACUAGAGAGGAAUGAUUGCCGUAGACUCAAGUACAUUUAAUUCAAUGGUCUUGACCAAGACAUAAGCUGGUGCUCCUUACAGAUGU